CACCCCUCCUUACAACCUCUCCAGUCGCCAUGGAUGACCUCUACGAUGAGUUCGGCAACUUCAUCGGCGAGGAGGCCGAGGCAUCAGAGGAAGAAUCUCAGCAUGGCGCCGACGCUGGCAACUAUGUCUACGAUGACGAGUUCGCCGAGGAGGGCGAGGCUGGACAGGAGCUCAUGGAGGUAGAUGAGGGGCCUUCGAACGCCGUGAUACUCCACGAAGACAAGCAAUACUACCCAACGGCAGCACAAGUUUACGGAGAAGGAGUCGAGACCCUGGUGCAAGAAGAGGACGCGCAACCCCUGACCGAGCCAAUCAUCGCGCCCGUGGAGCAGAAGAAGUUUACAGUCGAGGAGGCCGACCUGCCACACGUCUUCUACGAGCGCGGUUUCAUGACAGAUCUUAUGAACUUCCCCGACCAGAUUCGAAAUGUUGCGCUUGCAGGGCAUCUGCAUCAUGGAAAGACUGCGUUCGUGGACAUGCUCGUCCUGGAGACUCACGAUAUCAACGAGAGGCUGGAGAAGCGGACGGGUAGGAAGCGCGAGGAGCAGCUGAGGUACACCGAUGUACACGACAUCGAGAGGGAUCGAGGGCUGUCGGUCAAAGCUGCGCCAAUGAGCUUCGUGCUGCAAGGCACAAAAGGCAAAUCACACCUGUUGAACAUUAUCGACACACCGGGCCAUGUCAACUUCGUCGAUGAGGUGGCAGCGUCGUUGCGACUCGUGGACGGCAUCUGUCUAGUGGUGGACGUUGUGGAGGGUGUGCAGGUCAACACGCAACAGAUUAUCCGGCAUGCGGUCCUGGAGGACAUACCGAUCACCCUCAUUCUCAACAAGAUGGACCGUUUGAUCCUCGAGCUCAAACUGCCACCCAGCGAUGCAUACUUCAAGCUGAGGCACGUAGUCGAGGAGGUCAACACCAUCAUUGAACAGACGAUACCUGGAAAGGGCGAGCAGAGACGGUUGAGCCCUGAGAAGGGCAACGUCCUCUUUGCAUGUACGGAGAUGGGAUGGUGCUUCACCUUGCAAUCAUUCGCGAAGAUGUACUCGGAGAGUUUUGGAGGGGUGAACAUAGAAGACUUCUCACGCCGCCUAUGGGGCGACGUGUUCUUCAACCCAAAAAGGCGCUCCUUUACGAGGAAAGCCAUCGAAGAGGGCGCUAGAAGGUCGUUCAUCACCUUCAUCCUGGAGCCCAUCUACAAGCUUUACUCGCAUACCAUCGGCGAGAGCCCCGAGGAGCUGAAGGCAACGCUGCAUAGCCUUGGCAUCUCUCUUAAGCCAUCUCAGUACAAGACGGAUGCUAAGGUCCUGCUCAAGCUGGUGUGCGAGCAGUUUUUCGGCCCUUGCACUGCGUUUGUCGAUAUGGUUGUGCAGCAUGUUCCUUCGCCACAGGAGGCAGCUCAAAGAUAUCUGGAACGGUACUACACGGGUCCGCUCGAUACCAAGGUUGCAGAGUCUAUGAAGUCAUGCGACCAAGACGGCCCGCUGGUCGUCCAUGUCACGAAGCUGUUCAACUCCUCGGAUGCCAAGCAAUUUCACUCCUUCGGCCGGGUCUUGAGUGGUAUUGUCCGACCAGGCGCUGAGGUUCGAGUACUUGGCGAAGGUUAUUCUCUUGAUGAUGAAGAGGAUAUGGCCAUAGCCAAAAUAUCCGACGUGUGGAUCGCCGAGACGAGGUACAACAUUCCCGUUGACGGAGUUCCAGCAGGCAACUGGGUGUUACUGGGCGACGUCGAUAAUUCCAUUGUCAAGUCGGCCACGAUAGUCGACAAGCAAUUCGAGGACGACGAAGACGCCUACAUCUUCCGACCCAUUACGCAUUUCACAGAAUCAGUCCUGAAGGUUGCCGUCGAGCCAAUCAAUCCAUCUGAACUGCCAAAGAUGCUGGAUGGCAUACGGAAAAUCAACAAGAGCUAUCCUUUAAUCAACACCAAGGUGGAGGAGUCCGGCGAGCACAUCAUGCUCGGGACGGGAGAGCUCUACAUGGACUGCGUCCUGCACGACUUGCGACGACUCUAUGCGGACAUGGAGAUCAAGGUCUCCGAUCCUGUGACGCGCUUCUGCGAGACGGUUGUGGAGCAGUCUCACACCAGCUGCUACGCAAUCACGCCAAAUAAGAAGAACAAAAUCACAAUGGUGGCAGAGCCCCUCGAAGACGGUAUUGCACGAGAUAUCGAGUCGGGAGUGGUAAGCAUGAAGGAUCCGAUCCGCAAGACAGCUAAGUUCUUUGAAGAAAAGUACGACUGGGACAAGCUGGCCGCCAGAAGCAUUUGGGCCUUUGGUCCAGAUGAAAAGGGUCCGAAUAUCUUGCAGGACGACACCCUACCCGGCGAGGUGGACAAAAGGCUUCUCAACACCGUAAAGGAGCCAAUCCGCCAGGGGUUCAGCUGGGCGAGCCGAGAGGGUCCUCUUUGCGAAGAACCUAUACGUAACACAAAGUUCAAGAUCACAGAUAUCGCCUUGGCCCCUGAGGCGAUCUUCCGGGGAGGUGGCCAGAUCAUCCCCACUGCCCGGCGAGCAUGCUACUCGUCUUUUCUGAUGGCGUCACCACGCCUGAUGGAGCCCAUGUAUUCGGUCGCGAUGACGGGUAACCAAGAGGCGGUUUCGACUUUGUACACACUGCUGGCGAGGCGGCGCGGCCACGUCCUCAGCGAUGGCCCGAUCGUGGGGACCCCAUUGUACCGUGUGGACGGGUUGCUGCCCGUGAUCGACUCGUUCGGCUUCGAGACGGACCUGCGCAUCAACACGCAGGGCGCGAUGGUGGCCCUAGUCUUUGACAGGUGGAGCAUUGUGCCCGGCGAUCCGCUGGACAGGGACGUUGUGUUACGUCCCCUGCAACCUGCCAGUGCGCAGGCGACGGCCCGUGACUUUGUGCUCAAGACGCGUCGGAGGAAAGGUCUCAGCGAGGACGUAUCUGUGGCUAAAUUUCUGGAGCCGGACUUCUAUCAGGACAUGCUUGCGAGUGGUGCGCUUGGGGAUGUCUAGAGAUGGAGACUGGUGCGAAAGAGAGGUCAGGAAUAGGUAAUCUACCUUCCUUUAAUGGGUUCAUAUUGCCACAUGUUUGGCCCAGACGUGUUUAGAGGCGUCUCGCCUUGCCUAGGGGGGGAAUUGGGGGGUGGGCUGGCGGUGCUGGUGGUGCGGUGGUCCAGACCGGCGUGCAGAUUUGCCACGUUCAGGGCCCUGGCCAGGCAGGCAUACCGAGGGAACCCCAAGAUUGAGAGCUGUCAUGCGUGUCGAGGCUGGGGUUCGAGCAACUAUACACUAAGUCUCGCCCAGAGAGGCAGGCAAUUAAGGUGGUGCGCGUCGGCCCUAUGCCAGGAGAUUUCCUCAGCCCAGCUCAAAAGAGAUCAAUCGCCGAGCACAAACAGCCUCGCUGCACACCAAGAAUCUCUCAGCUCUACUCAUGCCAAAAGGACAGGGUUUUGUACAAGAUGAAGAAACUCGUACACCUGGCUAACCAGCUGCCGUUGACGCUUAGAACGGCAAUUACAAUUCAUGUUUUCCCCUCUUAGAAGGGAUAGAUGCAGAAGAACAUCAGUCCAGACAAGACAA